AUGUCUGUCCAUCCAGUUGGGCUCACAGAGACGCUCCCCUCUACUUCCACUCCUCAGCCUCGAGCGCAGGCUCUCGGGUGGCUGCAGCCAUUGGGUCCGGUCGAUACCCAGCGACCUGGCCUAAGAGACUGGGACAAUAUGCAGACGAAAUCAAUGGCCUACACAAUCAUGACCACUCUGGAGUAA